AUAACAAACAUUCACUCAGUCAACACGCAGCUUUAACAGAAAUCUUCUAACUAACACAGAGAGACUGAUACACUGUUUCCUUGAUAGCUUUAGCACACACAGUACAAACACACGCCCUUCUCCGUCCUCACUGGAGCAGCGCGUAACUGAAUAUGAAAUUUACAGCCCUGCUCUGCGUCUCAUUGGCCAUCAGACCUGUGCUAUACGGGUGCCACUGAACGCUGUAAAGCUAUCUAGUUUAAACUGGAGGUGAUUGCAAGGAAAGGGGCGAAAGAGCAGAGAUAGCGGGAGGAAAGUUUCCAGGACUUUACACUUACCGAUUCCUCUGUGCAUGCUCUCUGCUUUGUUUCGGAAGAAUCGAGCGUCGGUAUUGCUCUCCCCCCCGCUCCACACUGCAUUGCGCUCCAUGUGGUUCUGGUCUGUCAACUCGGAGAGCUAUCAGAUACCUGUCUGAAUGGAAAUUUACAGACAGAGCUACUAGGAGUGGGGAUUGUUUACAGGGCUCUUCUAUUCUUGGUACCAAGCUCUGAAGUCUAUAUGGAGGGAUCUCAGGAUGGCUUGCACCAGAAAGACCAAAACGGUGGUGUCUACUUGUGUGAUCUUGAGUGGUAUGACCAAUAUUGUGUGCUUGCUUUACGUGGGAUGGGUUACUAACUACGUCGCCAAUGUGUAUGUAAAAGUGCAAGAACCGGUGCCAGAGAAAAAGUUAGAGGAAGGCAACAAGGGGGAAACUUUGAGGAUUAUAGAAAGACUGGAUCGGCUCGAGAAUGUAGUCAAUCAACACAUACAAGAAGCGCCUCAGAAGAUUGAUGAGAAUGCUGCGGAAUCCUUCUCCGAUUCCUCAUUGUUUGCUCACUGGGGACAAGACCUGAGCCCGGAGAACCAGAGAACUGCACUCAAGAAAUUCCAAUACUACGGUUACAAUGCCUACCUAAGUGAUCGCCUUUCACUGGACAGAAGCAUACCUGACUUCAGGCCUAAUGGAUGCAAAAACAUCUCCCACCCCACAAACCUCCCUCAAGUCAGUAUAGUGUUCAUAUUUGUAAAUGAAGCUCUGUCCGUUAUCUUGAGAUCCAUUCAUUCAGCCAUAGAAAGGACCCCUGCUCAUCUGCUGAAGGAGAUUGUUCUGGUGGAUGACAACAGCAAUGAUGAGGAUCUGAAGGAGAAAUUGAGUGAUUACGUGGAAGAGUUGAACAGCCAUCAGCCCGGUUUUAUUAAGAUGGUCCGGCACACCAAGCAGGAAGGGCUAAUCCGAUCCCGGGUGAGUGGCUGGAGAGCUGCCACAGCCCCCGUCGUCGCCCUCUUUGAUGCCCAUGUGGAAUUCAACGUUGGGUGGGCUGAGCCCAUUCUCCUGAGAAUCAAAGAGGACCGGACUCGCAUCAUCUCUCCUUCAUUUGAUAACAUAAAGUAUGAUAACUUUGAGAUUGAGGAGUAUCCUUUGUCAGCACAAGGGUUUGACUGGGAGCUUUGGUGUCGAUAUCUUAACCCCCCAAAGUCCUGGUGGAACCUGGGAAAUUCUACUGCACCAAUAAGAAGCCCUGCCCUAAUUGGCUGUUUUGUGGUAGACAGACAGUAUUUUCAAGAGAUUGGUUUACUUGAUGAAGGAAUGGAGAUCUAUGGUGGAGAAAAUGUGGAGCUUGGCGUCAGAGUGUGGCAGUGUGGGGGCAGCGUGGAGGUCCUCCCUUGCUCCAGGAUUGCUCACAUAGAGAGGGCCCACAAACCAUACACUGAAGACCUGACAGGUCACGUUAGAAGAAAUGCUUUGAGAGUGGCAGAGGUUUGGAUGGAUGAGUUCAAAAGCCAUGUCUACAUGGCAUGGAACAUACCCCAGGAGGACUCUGGGAUUGACAUCGGUGAUAUUUCAGAGAGGAAGGCCCUCAGGAAGAGGCUGCAGUGCAAGACGUUCCGAUGGUACCUUGUCAACAUUUACUCCGAGAUGAGGAUGUACACAGACACCAUUGCCUAUGGGGUGCUGAAGAAUUCCCUCAAAAGUGACUUGUGCCUUGAUCAAGGGCCAGACACAGAUAACAUUCCAAUCGUGUACAUCUGCCAUGGAAUGACUCCUCAGAAUGUUUACUAUACCAGUAGCCAGCAGUUCCAUGUUGGUGUCCUGAGUCCUACAGUAGACGAUGAUGACAAUAAAUGCCUGGUGGACGUCAACAGCAGGCUGAAGCUGAUUGAGUGCAGCUAUGCCAAAGCAAAGAGGAUGAAACUCUAUUGGCUGUUUACUCAGGGAGGUUCGAUCCAGAACAGAAAAUCAAAGCGUUGUCUAGAGCUCCAGGAAAGCACCGAUAAUGAGUUUGGGUUCCAGCUUGUUCUCAAAAAGUGUACAGGGCAGCAGUGGACUAUCACAAAUCUCUUGACAGGGUCGUCAUUAUGAUAGAAUAGGUCAAGCAUUGUCUCAGAACAUACUCUAUGGGACCUGGAGUCCUGUUUGAUGAGGAAAGACUCAAUAAUGUUUAUGCCUUCUGAACACAGUUUUUCUCUUUUGUGGGGGGGUGGGUGGAAUUGACAGAAGAACUAUUUCUAUCAUCUUGGUGUCCUGGACUUCAUAUAAUAGCCUCAUAUUGUAAAUGUUGAACAUUUUUCUAGUUAUAUGUGCUUCUAAAAUCAACCAGGAUUUGUUGAUUAAUAUAUUUGGCAGUUAAGAGAGAGAGAGUGAAAAAAAUAGUGUGAGGUAUGCAUAAACUUGUUUUGUGUUUCAAAAUGAUGAAGUCCAUUUUGGGGAGUUGUACUUGACCUCAGAAUACCGUUAUUCUGUACUUGAUACUUUCUUGCUACCAUGUAGCACUUGUUUGCAACAUUUCCUGCUGUAAUUUUACUUCUUGUGUCUCAGACUAGUAGGACUUACUAUGAAAUCAAGUUGUAUGGUGUGGUGGAAUAUGUCAGACGCAAGAUUUUAAAAUAUUUUCUAAAUGUAAAUAUUGAUCAAAUUGAGAAUAUUUAUAAUAUCUGACAUUAAAAAAAGUAUUGAUGAAAAAAUGUGUAGUGUGUUUUAUUUGAUGAAUGCAGAUGAACAGGCAGUAAUGGUAAUUGAUGGUCUUGUUUAAAAAACAUAUUAAGACAGUCAAGCUUUAGUGAGUGCUGGUGUAAUGGGCAGUGUUGUGUGAUACACUGCUGGUAUGGAUUCUAUCCCAUCAGUAAAAUGAGGUUAAAAGCUUCAAAAGCACAAAUGCAGAUGAGCACGCUUGCUGGCUUGCUGUGCAGUGCUAGCCAUUUUGCACUCAGCCCCUGCCCUGUUACACUGGAAUUAUUUAGGUUCCUUUGGCCUAAUAACUGCUAGUCAGUCUUUGACUCUAUUUCAAACUGGCUGCGGAACCCAACCUCUGGCACAACAACGCAUUCAAAACUGAAAAUCAACUGGACUUAAUUACAGAACUUUAAAGACUGCGCUAUAGUGUUGUUGGUCCUAUUAACAACAGUCCACUUUACCCAACUUUAUUUAAUUAAUGAAGUCAAAUGUCAACUUUUUAAAUAAUUAGAAUAUUGGGAAUAGGAGCCAACAUGAGCAUAAUUGGCAAAUUAUGAGGAUCUUUGAUUCAUUAUCCGUCUUUGGGAAUGUCUAUUACUGUAUAUUCUUUAAAGUACACGUGGUCAUUGAUCCAUUGCUUGAGUCUUUGUAUUAUCCAUAGUGAGAUUAAAAAAUCUGGGAGCCAGUUGCCUUUUAAAAGAUGUUUGAAGGACACCCAGGUGCUUCCAUCUGUCUUAAGAGUCUACACACUUAUUCGGUAAUUACAGGAAAUCCAGUCCAGGCAUACUCGACUCAUUUGUUAAAUGUAGUGGCAUAUUCAAAUGUAAUUUAUUUUCAGUUUCUAGAAAAAGCAGCAUUUCUGAGAAAAAAAAAGCCAAUCCUGCCAUAAAUCUUUAAGCAUUACGUGACUGGAGGAAAAAUGCUAUGGUAUCACUUUUUGAUAUGCCAACUUGUGUUUAUGCUUGAUCAACCAACUAUGGUAGAUUGGAAGACCAAAAUAAUGUUAAAUAUUUAGAAUACAAAACUCCAAUAAAGCUGCUGUACAGUACCUGGCAGGGACAAUAUAUUAAGCAAGUCAAGGUUUAUCAUGAUCCAUUAAUGCAAGCUACAGGAUCCAGGUGUUAUUGUUUCUAUUUGUCCCUCGACACUUUCAUUGAAGAGAUGGAAAAUGAUAGAGUUAAGUCCUUAAGUGACUGAUGCAUAUAGUUCAUGCCCCACUGUGAUGUAUCGGUAUGGUUAUUACAUUACUCUAGCAGGUAGAUUUUAAUUGGUUUUAAAACACACUGGACUAGUCUUAUUCCUCCUGUCCACUACCGUUGCAUUGUAUUUUUUGUGUAGUUUGAUUAUGAUGGUAAACUGACACAGUCCAGAUCUGUUCUUAGCACAAUGCAAAAAUAAAUUGCUUUGUCUUUAACUACUUUUUUUUUUUGGCAUCAUCCCAAAUCCUGCAUUAUUUUUUUUAAAAAGCUGCAUUCAGCCCUUAACAUUGUGUUACCAAGAUCAGAAAUAAAAAUACACACCUAGGUUUCCUAGAGUAGAUACAGUAGGGGGAGAUUUAAAACACAAAGGGCAACACUACCACAUUGACAUGGAUGUUCUUCUGGGAAAACAAUUUGAAAUGGUCUGACUGGGAACCAAAUCUACUUUUACAUCGAAACACAAUAAACAUUUCAUGGUUCAGAAAAUCUACUGUAAAUAUUGUAAAUUAUGACCGUUUAGUAAACCUCAGCUCACCGUGCAGCAGUGACCCCUGUAGCCUGGCCGGGUGCCUGCAGGUAUGCCAGAGCUGAGCCUUAGUUCUGAGGUGGCUGCAUGGUGAGUCUGCAGUGUGAAAAAAUGCGGUCAGCU